CCGAUCUACCUCGAAUCAGGCCGGAUCGAACGCCACGCCUAAUCUAAAUGCUAAAUGGCUAAAUCACAGCAGCGUAGAGACGGCAAAAAUCCGUCAAGUUGGAACUCGGAACUAACUCGGACUCUCUCUCUCCUUCCUUCUCCUACUAGAUUCCUCUCUCUACUUCACCGCCACUUCCCCGCACCCCAACGCAAUUCCAUUUUCUCGCCGCUUCCCCCAAUUUCCACCUCCCCGCCGGCGAUUCACCGCCAUAAGCCAUGGAACCAGCCACCGGCUACCCCGUCCCUCCCAAUCAACAGCGCCCCAACGGCUAUCCUCCUCCAACCGGCACCGCCUAUCCCUACCAAGCUCCGCCGCAGCCUUCCAAUCCCUACUACUACAACAACCCUAGCAACGGGCAGGGCCCCAUCUACACCCAGGCCCGGCCCGCUCUCUACCGCCGAUUAAUCAUGGUCUUCAUCGUCAUCACCGUCAUCUUCUUCACCGCGCUCUUCAUCAGCUGGAUCGUAAUCCGCCCGCGCGUCCCCGAGUUCCGCCUCACUAACUUCACUCUCUCCGGAUUCAAUUCCUCCGGCCACCAGCUCUCCGGGACCUGGGCGGCGCGGUUCGAGGUCUACAAUCCGAACAAGAAGAUGGACAUCGAGUACGACGUGAUUCAGGCCUCGGUGCUCUACCAGAAGGUGUUCCUCACGGAGAAUCGGCUCCAGCCGUUCGUCCAGGUUCACAAGAAUCUGACGGUGAUGGAGACGCAGUUCUCGAUCAUCAACACUUUCGUCGACCAGUCGGUGACCGACGCGGUCGACGAGGAGAGGAGGAAGCACGGCUCCGUGACUUUCAAUUUGAAGGUGGUGGCUGGUGUUGGAUUUAAGUAUGGCAAGCUGAGAGCCAGGCGGCGUCUGCUUAAGGUGUACUGCUUCGAUCUCAAUAUGCGUCUCGCCGGGAAUGGUGGCUCUGGGAACUUGACCGGAGCUCCCAAGCGCUGCAUCGUGUACUCUUAAGAGUAAGAAUUUGGGCUUUGGGGGGGGGGGGUUUGGAUCUCAUCUGCUUGUUUUUUAUGAUCUGCUGAUUUGUCUAGUAUGCAAUCUUCAUGAAGAGAAGAUUUGAGGAUGGGGUAGAUGAUGUACAUGAAAUCUCUUUAGGGCGUUUGAGUAUUGUUAUAGUAGAUUUCAUUAGGUUGUGAUGCGAUUAUCAUUUGGUUUGUUUCAUUGCCAAUGGCGUAGUUGGUGGUUCGUGAAAUGUUCAAUUCUUUUUGCCUGGUUGAUCUCUUUCUGUUGCCUUGCUUCUGUGCUGAGGAUAAAUAUCAAAGACCUUGUUCACGAGGCACUUAAGAGUAAAACACUUAGUAGAUCUUCCCCGCCUUUAGUCUUUAUCUUGCGCUUCGAUUAUCUGUUGUUAUUUAUCUCCUGCUUUGCCGAGUUUGUUAAAGAUUAUGUAAUCCUGUGCUUCAAUGCUGUUGAGAAAUUGUUUAAAGCUUGCAUUGUCUGCGACAUGGUUGAUUAUAUUUGCUUGGUCGUUCAUGAGUGAACUCACAGUUUCUGAGCCAUCAUUUUGCUUGGAAUUUGAUGCAUCAUGAUGUCUGUGUUAACAGAACUAGCUGAUUGAGUGGAUUGUACAGCCUUUGGCACAUAGAAUCAGGGUUUGUUCUCAAUUGCGGGGUUCUUGCAAACAACGAGUUGUCAGAGGUUCGUUUGAUAUUAAAAGUAAUCGAUGUGGUGAACACAGAGACUUAUGUUGUAGAAAAUUGAAGCAUUUGUGUAGGAUUGUCUUUGACGAGUUUGCUAGUUCUGAGUUUUGAGUAACUUGGGCUCGUAUCAAUUCGUCGGAUUGAUUUAGUUAUUCAUAAGCCACCUGAUUUCUGGUGGGAAACAUGCUCUAUCAUAUUGAGAAAUGUAGCUGAUGCUUGUUUGUGCUUUCGUUUUUUAGAGAGCUUGUAUCUAUGUUCUAGUAUAGUAUCUUGUGGAGGGAAAAGUUAUUCUUUGUUUUGUAAGCUCUUGUAGUUUGAUUCCAACUAUUGGAGUUGCAGUUCAUGAGCUUAAUUUUAGCAUAACUUUACUUGAUUCAAUGAUGUGUUGAUACCAUAUCGUCACCAACUUACUGCCUCAGAUUCCAUAUCCUGUCUUAUUUUUUGCAGAGAGUGGUUUAGUAACUUUGACUUAAUUGUGGAUGCAUGUUUUGUGUGGAAUCACCUCUCCUGAUUCAUCGAUGUAUUGCUUGCUUCUCGAUCUGCUGUCAAUAAUAGCAACGAUUUCGCGGGUAGCGCCCUAAGAGGAAGGUCGAGCUUGCCAUCUUCGUUUUGCUCCCUGCAGAAUGGAAAUGAAAAAUGUCGUCGUCGUCAGCUCUGCAGAACCAGAAACCAUAAGUGGUGGAGGAGGAAUCUCAUACUCUGCUCUUUGCCUCUUUCGACCGGCUUUAGCAUCCACAAUACGUAUCUAUCUUAAAUGAAUCAAGUGGCCGGCCGGCGCACAUUUACAUUAUAUAGAACCCGUCGCGUUUCCUUUUCGGUUUUCAUAUCCAGUGUCCUCUCUAUAACCUAUUUUUAUCAGCAUUCAACGUUCCAAAAAAUUUGUCCCCUUGAAUUGUUGUCAGGGCAGUACGAUCGUAAUUGUCGAUAGGUACUUCAAAGGAAAUUUGCAAUGUACAGAAUCCGACAUAAGAGUGAAUGGAAAAUCGAACUAAGCUAGCUAUUAUAUUAAUAUGGAUAAGUCUAUUAAACACCGAUUCGGGCU